AUGUUUGUUCAUGAUUAUGAACCAUUCCAGAUGAAAGAAGGAGAUCCAUCAAGAUUCAACAAAAUCAUUGGCGAUCUGAAAGCCUUUGAUAAACCCUACUUAAGUGGUGAUCAAGUUCGAAAAACCUUAAGAAGUUUACCUACCACUUGGCAGACAAAAGCAGUUGCACUUGAAUCUCAAGAUUUAAACAUACUUUCAUAUGAUGAACUACGAGGAGAUCUUAUAGCAUUCGAGAAAACCCAUCACAUGAAAACAAGUAAGGAAGAAAAGAAAAAAAUAGUUGCCUUCAAAACUACAACUGAAGGACCUGAAAAUGAUAUUGAUGACGACCGAGAAGCUCUUGAAGAAGAAAUUACCAUGGUAUCAAGAAACAUGGAUGGAUUGAUGAGAAGGUAUAGAAACACAAGAAGGGGAAGGACGUCAUCUAGGCGAACCAGGCAAUACAAUGAACAAGACAAGAAUGACGGGAAGUCUUAUGAGUGUGGAAGGUAUGGGCAUGUUCAAGCUAAAUGCCCAAAUCUUAAAGGAAAAGUCUCCAGAGGGUUCAAUAAAAACAAAUCCUUCGGAAGCUGGAGUGAUGAUGAUAGUUCAAAACACGAAGAAAUAGCAAAUCUGUGCUUCAUGACCAUCUUGGAAAAUCACAUGAACAAAUACUCUGGUUGUUGGACUGAUGAAGAUGCAUCAGAUGAUGAAUGCAAGGAAGAUACUGAAAAGUGUUUCAUGGAACGAGGUGAAACAAGCGAGUUAAGUUCCUAUAAUUGUGAUAGAUAUAAUGAAUUGCAUGGUACUAUUGACCUUACCCUAAAGGAGUCUCAAAAAAUAUUGAAUGAACUAAGGAGACUCAAUAGGGAAAAGAAGGAUUGGGAACUUAAUCUUGAUAUCUGUGAAAUCAAAAGAGAUGUACUUCAAGAUGAAGUUCAGGAAUUGCAAAUGCAACUUUAUGGCAUGCGCAAUUCCACCAGUCACAGUUCUGUCAAGUCUAACCAUGCGACUUACAAGUCAACUGGAUAA